ACAGCAUAAUCCCUACCCCUAUAACUAUAUGAAGGUUGCUGGUUCAUCUAUACUGGUUUUUAACCAGGUCUAUAGAUCGUCUAUUAGAUUAUAUUCUGCUUCAACGGCCCAAAAUGCCCUUAAAAACACGUCUAUAACCGCUGAAGAAAUGUCUCAUUUCAAUGCGUUAGCAUCCUCUUGGUGGGAUGUUGAAGGUCCUCAGAGAAUUUUACACAAGAUGAAUCUACUUAGAAUGGACUUUAUACACAGCACCAUAAGAGACCAUCUUAAAUUAAACAAACCAGGUACUCCAAUUGAAGAUGAAAUAUACAUUCCUCCAUACGGAAUUGAUUUGUUACCAAAAGAGAUAAAAACUAGAAUUGUAGCAGAACAAGAAUCUAGAAGAAAUGAAAUCUUAAAGAAAUCAUCUUUGAAGGCAUUGGACGUGGGAUGCGGAGGCGGUAUUCUUUCCGAAUCUCUUGCUAGAUUGCCCUUCAUCGGUAGCGUAAAGGGGAUUGAUUUAUCAAAUGAAGUUCUUGAAGCAGCUAAAAUGCAUAGAAAGAAAGAUCCAUUUUUCACCUCGAUGCAUCCAAAGAAAUUACAAUAUGAAUUAACUGCCAUUGAAGAUUUAUCUAAAGGUGAAAAUUACGAUAUCAUUACCAUGUUUGAAAUGCUUGAACAUGUCACUUAUCCUGCUAAAGUUCUCGAAGAAGCCUUACUGAGAGUUAAGGUUGGUGGCUGGGUAUUCAUUUCCACUAUCAAUAGAGAUUUUAUUAGUUGGUUCACCACUAUUUUUAUGGGUGAACAUGUCCUUAGAAUUGUUCCUGUAGGAACACAUAAUUUAGAAAAGUAUAUUGAUCAAACAGAGAUCAAAGAUUGGAUAGAAAAAGAUCACGAGACUCCUAAAUCAUUUAAAGUCAUGAAGUCCAGUGGAUGCAUUUACCUCCCAGCCUAUGGAUGGAAGUUCACUUCAAAUCCAGACGUUGGUAAUUACUUUAUGGCAAUCCAACGUCAAUCAUAAAUAUGUAUAUACUAUUAAGUCAUUAUGACCACAAAAAGAGUUAUAAUUUGUAAGAAAUUUGUUGCUAUUAAUAUUCUUAACAUAUUGUAUUUGCUUACAAGUGUUAUUAUUUUACCAUUAUUAAUUUCUUUAGGAUUCGUACAUAUUAUAGAAGACUCGCUCCCAUCAAUU